AUGGAGGAGAACAACAGGACGUCCACCACGAGAACUGACGAGCAUGGUGACCUUGGCCUCCCACACUCCCACCAGCCCGGGGAGCUUCAAAAUAUGUUGAAUGGGGGAGAGUAUGCCCCUUUCACAUCUCCUCCCAUGUUAGAGAGCAACUUUAUCCAGGUCAACAGGAGAGGUGAAUCCAUUUACCUUCAUAACCGAGCCAACUGGGUGACCGUAGGCAUUUGUUCUUCCACUCACACCCAGAAGAUCCCCAACGUGAUGUUGCUGGCACACCUGACACCCACCACCCAGAAAGAUGCAGAACCCGUGUUUGAAAGUCUCCUGACAUCUCCCACAGAGAAACUCGUGCUCACCAGGUUUCUCCCUCUGCAGUUUGUGACGCUCUCUGUGCACGAUGCUAAGAAUAUGCGCCUUAAAGUAAAGCUAGUGAGCGGUCGAGCCUACUACCUACAGCUCUGCGCCCCUGCAUAUAAACAGGAAACCUUAUUUUGUCAAUGGGUGGAACUCAUUGACCUCUUGAAUCAGGAGAAAAACAAAAUUUCCAAAGUGUCAGAAGUCUCAAGCCUCUCAGAAAUCACAACUAGCACAGAAAUCACUGGCUCGGUGGACAUAAUGGACAUUGCAGCAUUCACAGCUUUGCAGACUCCGUAUGCGUAUCCAGGCCCAGACACUACAUGUGCUACAGAGAGUGUGGAUUUCUCCGAAUUCACAGAUGUCACUGAUGUCACCGACGUCACUGACAUUCCAGAAAAUGACAUUACAGAGAUCCCAGAUGUAAGAAUUGUCACCGAAGUCACAGAGGUUGCAGACAUCCCUGAUGACAUAAACCGCUCAGAGGUGACAGUGGUGUUUGAAAAUGAUGAUAUACUGAGGGCCAAGGAAGAGGAAAAGGCAAGAGAUGAAAACAUUCUGAGGGCUCGGUGUCUACGGGAUAUGAAAACCAAGAAUGAACCCAAAGGAAUCUCCAAACAUGUCACCAUCUCAAACAUAACACUGACUUUUGAAGGUGGAAGAUGUUUUCAAACUACGCUGACUCCCGAAAAAACUGAGGCAAAUGUAUGUGAUGAGGUGGAUGACAAUACUGCUGAAGAAAAAGUUGGUUUCAAAAAUACAGCUCUCAAGGCAGAAGAAUCCAGGUAUGUGAGGGAGGAAAAUGCCUGA